AUGAAUUUAAACAAAAUUUCUGUCCUUUUAAAAAUAAUAAUUUUUAAAAAUACGCUAUAUAUAUUUGAUAAUGUAUGCACAUCUAUAAAUGUGAAUGAUUUAGGAUAUAAAGUAUCUGAUACAAUUAACUCUUUUAAAUAUAAAAAAAACUAUGAUAAUCCUGUAGUUUUAGAUAAGAUUCCUGAUUCUCCUUUAGACAACAAGGCUAAAUUAUCUUUUCAAGAAUUACUUAGAAAGAGAUCAAGUGAUGACGAUGACGAUAAUGAUGAUGAGGGAGAUAAUGAUGACGACGACGAUGAUAACGAUAAUAAUAAUAAUAACAACAAUAAUAAUAUGAAUAGAUUUUAUAAUAUGGCAUCUAUACAACCUGCAGCUUUUAAUAAUAUUUCACAGAAUGGAAAUCAAAGUUUUACUGCAAGAAUGAAACAAAAUUUGUCUAAAUAUAACCCUUUUAAAAAAUCAGGAUCAAAUAGUAAUGGGAAAGUAAAUAAUCCAAAUGAAAAUGUUGAUGAAGACAAUAAUGAAAAUGUAGAUGAUAAUGACACGAAAAAAAAACACAGACACAAAAAACAUAAAUCUCAAGGUACUCUUUCAAAUGAUGGAAGCAAUAAUAUGAAUAAUAACAAUAUGAAUAAUAACAAUAUGAAUAAUAACAAUAUGAAUAAUAUUAAUGUGAAUAAUAGCAAUAUGAAUAAUAACAUUAAUAAUAACAUGAAUAAUAACAAUAAUGUAAAUAAUAAUCUAAACAAUAACGUGAAUUCUAGUAAUAUUCUUCUUGGUGCUUCUGCAUUAACAGGUGCAACUAUCAGCGGACAAAAUCAAAAUGGUAUUAACAAUAAUCAAAAUGUUGUUAAUAAUAAUACAAAUAAUGGAACUAUUCAAAAUUCUAUUAUGCUAAACAAUAGUUCUUCUAUUUUUUCCAAUUUAUUUGAAAAUAAUAAUAAAUUUAAUACAAGCGAAAUGAUUUGUAGUUCUAUUAAUUGUACUUCUAUAAAUAGCCAAAAUAAUGAUAAGAUACCCCUAACUGACUGCUCAAAUGUAUUAUAUUGUGGCAAUUGUCCAUUUUCAAGUAGUCCAAAAGAUCAGUGUGCAAGUAUAAAAACUUUAAAUGUUGAUAAUACUUAUAUAGCAUCAGGAUAUGUCGAUUCCUUACAGCUUCUGAAUAAAAACAAUUUAUUAAACAUACCUUUUACUUGGGACAAAACAACAUUGGACUUUUCAAAAUGUUUACCGGAUUUAAAUAAAUUUAAAUUGGCUACCAAAGAUUUACCAAACAAAGACAAAAAUGAGGUAUCGAAACGUUUGUUUAGGUUAGCAAAUUUAUAUUUAUAUACAACAAAAUUUGUGGAAGACAAUAACAAUAAUCCGCUAAAAAUAUCCAUAAAUUUUAACAAUAUCAAUAUCGAUUCAUUAAAACCAACUGAACAGUUAGCUAAUGAAUGUAAUUCUUUAUUGCCAUGUCCUUUAAAUAUUGCAGAAAUUAAAACCUACAAUAUACACGCAACUCAGAGUUUGGUAUUAUAUCAGCGAUUAUUUAUUCCUGAAAUUUACAAUGCUCUAAAUACCUCAAAUAUUAUGAUUAACAUAACCAGCGACCCUGGUUAUAAUGUGGCAAACUACUUUUUUUACGUAAAAAUUGAUUGUGCCAAAACGAACGACAUUAUAGAAAAUGAAAUAUAUCCUACAGCUACAUUACCACAAACAAAUCAACAAACAACUCAACAAACAACUCAACAAACCAUUCCACAGACGCCUAUUGAAAAUAAUCCUCAACAAAAUGAAACAAAAAAUGGUACACCACCUAAAAAUGAUACUUCUGUACAAUUGUUGAAAAAUAACACCUCUAGUAACGAUUCUAGAAGAGGAUAUAGUUAUAGAAAUAGUUCACAUUCUAUUAUUUUCAUAUUUUCUAUAAUUACAUAUAUAUUAUUUUUAUAA